AUGGUCAUACCAAUUCUUUAUCCCACUGAGGAGGAAAUGAAUAGUAUGUGCAUGAGGUUGUAUAUGCCUUAUGCCGACCAAGAAGAUCCUGAGAUUGACCAGCUUGCAUCAUUUUUAGACUCUGGUGCAAGAAUGGUCCAUGUCCCGAUGGUAGAGUGCAAUAGUAGACAUUUUGAAGCCAUCAACAAGAGGCUAGACUCGCUAGACGUAUCUGUUAGAGAAAUUAAGGACAAUAUAGCAUGUCUAGCGAAACAACAAUUACAGCCAAAGCCAGUGCCUGAGGAAGAACUUGACCCAGAGGUUCAGCUUGAGCCUGAGGCAGAACUUGAGCCUCAGGUCCAGCCAGAGCCUGAGGAUCAGCUUGAGCAGGUUCAUUCAGAGCCAGAGUCUGAAUCGAAGAAUGAAAAGUGA